CCAGUGCACCAGCCUCAAGCAUCCAGUAUCGUGCAUCGAACCUGGACUGGCAACUCGUUUCAUGCAUGAUAUUUAAUCAGUUUGUGUGUGUGUGUGUGUGCUGUUGAAGUAUAUGAGCAUCUCAGUAUAUCACGAGAAGGCUGUGUUUCAUUAAUCUUUAGUUGGGAAAUGGGCUGUCUUUAUGUUCUCAAGUCUGGAUUUCCAUCCUUUUCGCAGAAGCUUUCUUCUGUGACACUGGUGAGUGGAGGGAGGCUUGCGCUUGUGUCUCUGGCAUCUCCACAGGCUGACUGUGUCUGCUUGUUUAAAACGACCCCCUGGCUGGUCCAGAGCAUGACUCGCAGGCGGAUGGAUGGCAGCUUGGGUCCUGCCCAGGUCCCACACUCUCCACGAGCUCCCCGACCGCCUGUCUCAUGCGUGCUGGCGACCUGCGCUGAGAGGGAGGCGCUGGGUGCGUGUGUGCUGGGCGUGUUCCCAGUGGCCUCCGUGCCAUUCGUCUCUGGCCGCUCUGUCCUCUGGCAAUGGGGCUCACUGGGCUCUCUCUGAUGCUGGGAGCCUUGUGCACCUGUUUGGAUGAAGAGCUCCAGGGGGUGAGUGGGUUCUUUCUCCUCCCAGCCCCAGCGCUGGGCAAGGCUGUGCUGUCAGCCUGACUUGAAGGAGGUUCCUCAAAAAAUUAAAAAUAGAUACAGCAGUUCCAGUCCUGAGUAUUUACCCAAAGAAAACAAAAUCACUAAUUUGAAAAGCCACACAUAUCCCAACAUUCAUCAGGGAUUCCCUCAUACCUCAGUCAGUAAAGAAUUUGCCUGCAGUGCAAGAGACCUGGUUUCAAUUCCUGUGUGGGAAAGAUCCCGUGGAGAUGGAAACAGCAACCCACGCCAUUUCAACCCAGGGAGCCUCCGGCAGCUCUUGGCCCCCCAUGCUCCUUAGAGUCCUGUGAUGGCACUUGGUCUGGGUUUGGGUCCGUUUUUCAUCCUAGGAAAAGGUAGGGCCUUCCUUGACUCUCUUCAGUCUGGGACACUGUAGGGAAAGAGCAGAUUAGCCAGGAUGGCGCGGCCAGGCUCUCUCAGCCCGUGGCCUCUUGCUCUCACCCCUUGUUGUGUAAAUACACGUUUAUGUAACAGCUGAGAUCACUUAUACCACUGCGCAUCUCGAUGAACCCGCUUGGCCAUGGGCUACUUUUGCUCUGUAAGCAUAAAUAAGCUCCACCUGAAAAGCCCUUGAGGCUGCAUUACGGCUGUGUCUGCUGGGUCAACCAUGGGAGAAUACAGUGUCUGCUGCUACGGCUGCUGUGCCAGUCAGGAGAUGAUAAACGUGUCUGCAGUUCCUGCGACUCCUCGGGUUUUCUUCCAGCUUCCACCGUCACGCCUUACUGUCCCUGGGUUCAGUGCGCAGCGGGAGAAGCGAGAUGGGCGUCCUGAGCUGCUGCUGAGCUGUCCGGACGCCAGUUCUUCGGUGCACUUUGUUUUCCGAGACUCCGCGAGCGAGUGCCACACCGGGCCUCCGGAGGGAAACCACUGGUGUCCUUCAGUCCUCGUUUCUCCUCUGACAUUUGUUUAGGCCUCUUUGAGGGACAUGUGGGAUCUUAGUUCCCUGACCAGGGAUUGGACCCACACCCCCUGAAUCUGAAACUUCUGGACCCCCAGGGAAGUGCCAAUCAUUUUUAAUUUCUAAGGGCUUUGCUUUUUUGCUCUGUGUUCUAUUCUACGUUCUCUGCUCAGUGUCAGGGAUGGAGUGCUUUUGGUCUUUCUCUGACGGUGACUGUUAGUGUUGAGAGGUUUCUGCUCUGUCUCCAUCCAUCUGGGACUCUUGUGUUAUGUGGGACGAUGGUGGUCUGUGCAUUGGUUGGUGCCCCGAGGCUGUGCCAUCCCAGGAGGCGUGAAGCACUGUGGGGUCUUGGGGGCUAUCUGACUGGGGUGGGGGGCAGCUCCACCUGGGGGUGGGUGCAGCCUUCUCUUGCAGGGCCAUUGGUCUCUACCAGUCUCCUGCUGGGCUCUGAGAGGUGAGGGACACAGUGGGGCCCCCACCCCUUGCCAGCCUCCGUAAUCUGUAGCCCCUGGGGGUCUUGCAGUUACCUCUGUGCCCCCUGCGCCGCCUGCCUGGCCUCCCAGGUGUGUGGGCCGCUCACGCAUGCUCCUCUGAGCCUUCUGUGUGCCUGCGCUCUCCAGCAGUUGCUCACUGCUGGCUCACUGGUCACCUCUGUCCCUGUUUCUUCCCCUCGUAGGUUUAUAAGUUGUGUCUCAUCAUCUGAGGGAAUGUAAAAACAUAGAGCGUAUGUGUGUUUGAGCAGGAGUACUGUGUGUGGGCUUGUGUGCAUGGUAGAUGCCUGUGCCUGGUGUGUAUUUGACGUGUUGACGUGUCAUGUGGACUGAGGGUGCCUGCUGGAACUCCCCCUAGCUGGGUGUGGGGCCCCUCACGCCCCUCUGGCCAACGCUGACCCUGGCCAGUAAAUCUCUAGCUGCAACUCCUGGGUUGUCACUGAGCCAGGAUGUCUUUUUACGUGUUUGGGUGUUGCUGCCGUGUUUCUGCCUGUUUCUCCAAAGCUGGCAGCCCUUGCUGUCAGCUCCCUGCCCCCACUCUCCUGUGUUUUAUUUUUGUUUUGUCGUCUGGAACUGGCCAUUGCUUGGCGGGGUUGAUGUCUGGCCCCUUCUCUUUCCCUGAAUGGAGAGCCUGAGUUUGCGCACACGGUUAGAAGAAAAUCACCAGUGUCAACUAGCAGCAGGGACAUCCUCCCAGGACGCUGAUCAGGAAGCGUUGGAAGGAGAGCUGCCCGCAGGGCCUUCGGAGGAGCCCGGCCAAGAGCUUGCCCGGGAGCCUCUCCUGUGUGCGCAGAGCACAGCCUUGGAGUUGGAGACGGAGGUGCCUGCUGGAGACUUGGGUCUGGAAACUGCACACACGGCUCAGCUUUUGCUUCUUCCCGUGGAGCUCAAGGAAGAAAUCGAUCUCUUAAAAGUAGAAAAUAUAAAUUUACAGGAGAAGUUGCGGCGUGAAAUCUGCCUGAAAGAGGACUUGGAGAAAGUGAAACAGAAUUUAGUUGAAGCUCACCAGGAAGACCUAAAGAGUGCUGAGGAGAGGAUUGAGCAAAUGAAACAGGAACUCAGGGAGAGAGAGGCUGAGUGGAAAGUUACAAGUGAGGACCUGCGGAGAGGGGCCGAAGAGAGGCUGACAAAGAUGCUCCAUGACCUGCGAGAACAGGUGGAGUCUGAGAAGCGGUCCAUGAUGAACAGGUUUGAGCUUCGAGAAUCCGAAAUGAGGCAACUUCAGGACCAGCAGGCAGCUCAGAUCCUGGACCUGGAGGGGUCACUGGUGGAACAGCAGGGCCGCCUGCGGCAGCUGGAGCUGGGGCUCACUGGAGACGAGUCUCUGCAGUGCAGCCAUUGUGGCCGGGAGCUGGGCUGCAGCCCGGCCCCUGGGGCCCAGGACCAGGAGCUCGCCAUUCUCCACCUAAAGGAGGACUGCGCCCUCCAGCUGAAGGUGGCCCAGAGCAGGUUUUUGGAAGAACGUAGAGCGAUCACAGAGAAACUGGCCGCAGAGCAAGAUGCCUUCCUGCGGGAGGCCCAGGAGCAGCAUGCGCACGAGCUGCGGCUCCUCCAGGAGGGGCACCAGCGGCAUAUCCUGUCCCUGACUGCGGAGCUGGAGACCAGGCGCCAGGCCGAGGUGGAUGCGCUGAGGUCCUCGUUAGAGCGUGAGCAGUUGGCCCUGGCAGAGGCGCGUGAGGCCGAGUCGCAGGUGAAACACGCUGCUGACAUCAGUGUGUUGGAGGCCAGACAUGCAUCACACCUGGAUGCUCUGCGCUUGCAGUACCUGUCUGAGCUGCAGGCUGUGCAGGGCAGGCACCGGCGGGCCCUGGAGCUGCUUCGCCUGGACCUGGAGGAGCGGCUGCAGAAGGAGGACGUGGCUCACCACGGGGUCUUGACCCAGGUGCUGGAGCUGCUGGAGCUGCGAUGUGCCGAAGAGCCUCAGUCUGCAGAGGACAGCCAGAGAGGGGAUGGGAGCGUGGAGCCCCGGGAGGGCGUGAGAGCCCUCUGGCUGCCCAUGGCUCGCAAGCAGGAACCCGAGGCCCAGUGCUCAGCUCCCCAGGCGGGGCAGGAGGAGGAGCUGGAGCUGCUGGAGUGUAAGCCAGAAGCCUCCCUGGAGCAGCAGGUCGCACUGUUACAGUGUACUUUUGUACAGGGUGAAUUUGGAAGUGAAAGGAAAGCUGCUUUGCAUGAAAAAGAGGAGAUACAUAAACUUGACCGUGAGAAGGCACAUUCUCUUUACGAAAAAGAGAAAGAAUCUUUGUCUCUGCAGCUACAGGAGAAGAAUAAUCAAAUUCUGCAGCUGAAAGACCAGAUUUUAUCCUUAAAUCGAGAGAUAGAGGAGCGCCAUUCCGAACUGGAGAAACUUCAGGAGAGGCGGGAACGGGAGAACCAGGAGGGCACCGCUCUCAUAGCGAUGCUCAAGUCCGACGUCGACCUGUCCCACGGCGAGAGGAGAGCUCUCCAGGAUACCCUGAGGCGGCUGCUGGGUCUGUUUGGGGAGAUGCUCCAGACUGCCAUUGCCUUGAAGAGCCGCAUUGGCGAGCGCGUGGGGCUUUGCCUGGAGGACAGGAGCCCUCCCACCACACACCAGAGCCCCCCUACAGACCCUGUGCUGGACGACAUGUGGGCGGGGCUUGAUGUGGCCUCCCUGGAGCCAGACAGCACGGUGGCAGAGUGUGCAGAGACAUCUUCGGUGGCUGAGAUCAGCAGUCACGUGUGUGAGAGCUUCUUCCUGAGCCCAGAGCGCACACUGGACUGUGAGCAGCCUGUCAGGAGGGUCUUCCAGAGCCUGGGCCUGGCGGUGGAUGGCCUCUUGGAGAUGGUCCUGGACUCGGCCAGGCAGCUGGAGGAAGCACGUCAGAUCCAUUCUCGUUUUGAGAAGGAAUUCAGCUGUAAGAACGAGGAGACGGCACAGGUGGUGAGGAAGCACCAGGAGCUGCUGGAGCAGCUGGAGGCAGAGAGCAAGGCCAAGGCCCAGCUGGCGUUGGAGCUGCACAAAGCAGAGGGCAUCAUCGAGGGCUUCAAGGAGGAGAAAGCCGGCCUGCAGGAGGCGCUGGGCCAGAAGGAGGCGAGCGAGCGGGGCCUGGUGGGCGAGCUGGAGGGCCUGAGGCAGCAGCUGCAGCGGGCGGCACGGCGGCAGGCAGAGCUGCGGGAGGAGAAUGCUGCGCUGUGCAGCCAGACGGAGGCCCUGGCUGCGGACGCCCGAGAGAAGGAGGCUGGCAUUCCGGUUUCUGUAGCACAUGAGGAUUCAGCUCUGCAGAGGGAAGUGGAGUCGCUCACCCAGGAGCAGUCGGAGGCCAGGAGGCAGGCGGAUAAGGACCGUGCGUCCCUGCUCUCCCAGAUGCGGUUUCUGGAGGCCGAGCUGGAGGAGCAGCUGUCUCAUCAGCAGGCAUGUGCCCGGCAGGCCGAGGAGCUCGCCGCCCUGAGGCAGCAGAUUGACUCCCUGGACCAGCACCUGCGCCGCCAGCGCCAGUUCAUGGACGAGCAGGCAGUGGAGCGGGAGCGGGAGCGGGAGGACUUCCAGCAGGAGAUCCAGAGGCUGGAGGAGCAGCUCCGCCAGGCGGCCCGGCCGCGGUCCCCCGGCCUCCGUGACAGCCACCGGGCACAGCUGGAUAAGGAGGUUGAAUUGUUAGAAGAAAAAUUGAGAGAAAAAUCAGAUGGACUUAAUGAAUUGAUUCUAAAGAAAGAAUUGGUAGACAGACAAGUACUAAUUCAGGGAGAGGAGAUCAGGCGUCUGGAGGAGACGAAUGCCAGCACCAUGAGAAAACUGCUGCAGCUCCAAGAAGAGCUGGAGACACAGCGGAGAGCCGUGCGGGCCCUGCAGCAGGACAAAGAGGCAUUACAGGAGCAGCAGAUGAGUAACCUGCUUCAGGUGUCCGCGCUGCAGUCCAGACUGGACGAGGGCAAGUGCCCGGUGCCCCCCGAGGGCGGUCGUCCCGACCAUGCCGAAGCCCAGCUGGAGGCGGUGCAGGGGGCUCUCAGGCAACGUGAGGCUGAGGUUUUGGACAUAAAAGAACAAUUAGAAAAUCUUAAAGAUGACUUAGUAAAUAAAAAUGAAGAAAUACUGCAUCUGAACUGGAAAUUAGGCCUGCAGGACAACAGCACCGCUGCCCGCAUCAAAGAGCUUCAGGAGGAGAACGCCCAUCUGAAAACCCUUCUGCAAAAUAAAGAAAGCGAGAUGAUGCAUGUGCGUGAGUCGGUGGAAGCACAGCUGGCCAGGACAGGAAGUGGCGCUCUCAGUGAGGUUGUGUGUAAUAGAAGUUCUGAAGUUGAAGAGCUGAAAUCCAUUAUUGAGACUCUGCGUGAGAACCAAGCGCGGCUGCAGAAGGAUAAUGCUGAGGAGAUCGAGCAGCUCCAUGAGGUCAUUGAGAAGCUGCAGAGGGAGCUCCCACUCGGGGGGCCUGAGGCUCCCAAGGCCGGGGAAGGCGGGGCCAUGAGCCUGCAGAGUGAGCUGCUGGGCCUUCCGGCCGAGGGAGCCGAGGCCCCCGCAAUGCUGGCGGGUGAGCUGCAUGCUGCCCUGGAGGCCAAGGAGGCCCUGAGCCAGCAGCUGGCCGAGCAGGAGCGCCAGCACAGCCAGGCCCUCGAGACCCUCCAGCAGCGCCUGCAGGCCGCGGAGGAGGCGGCCACACGGCAGUUGGCCGAGCUGGAGCCUGAGGGCCUAGCCUCCCAGAUCCACGAGUUUGAAUCUGCCCUGCGUGCCAGGGAAGCAAAGAUCGCAGAGAGAGAUUUAGAAAUUGAAGCUCUGCGCCGGGAGAAGUCCACCCACUCCGCUGAGCUGGAGGCCAUCCUGGCAGCCGUGGCCCGCUUUCGCCACGCCCUGGAGCAGCAGCUCCUGGCGGCCACUGGGGAGCCCCCUGAGCUACAGCAACUCCGAGAGCAGUGUGUCUGCCUCAGCCGCCAGCUGCAGGCACUCAACCAGCGAUUCCUGAAGUGCCAGAAGGAGCUGGACGAGCGGCAGGCGUGUGGGGAGGGUGGUUCCCAGGGCUGGGUGCCUAGGGGCGAAGAGACCUCCUGCAGUGAGGAGUUGCAACAGGAUGUGGAUGGCAGGCAGCUGGUCCAGGCCCUUGACAGCCGUGGCAGUGACCCACAGAGCCUAGUUAAGGAUGACCUGCAGCCGGCCAAAGCCCUGCCUACACUGGCCCGCGCCCGCCCCAGCCAGCAGGACAGCGUGAUAUCUGUACUCACAGUCUGCCAGCAGCAGCUGGAGUCUGAGCUGCUCUUAGUGAAAAAGGAGAUGCGCCUGCGUGCGGAGGACGGCGGCAGAGCGUCAGGAGCAGUGAAGGAUAAGGGAAAACUACUGGAAGAUUGUCGGCUACAGAAAGUUGAUCUCAUAGCUCAGGUGAAACAACUUCAAGAAAAACUGAACCAUCUGGUGUGUUCCAUGAGCUUCCAAAACAUCGAGAUGGAGGACUUUAAAUACCAGCAGGCAUUGGCAUCUCCAUGUGCUUUAGAAGAUGGUUUGAGUGAUGGUUCUGAUAACAGUGAAGAAACUGACAAAUCAUCUCCUAUUGAUACAUUUAACAUCAUAUGGGACCUAGCUGAGGUCACUGGAAAUUCGGAUUCAUUGAUAAGAAAUGAGCCAGAUGCUCCCACGGGAGAGCAGGUCACUUUGCAGGACAGGUCACUCUGCUUGCAGGGCUACUUGCAUGGGUGCUACCAGGACCUCACCCAUUCCCAGGGAUCCAAGCCCUUGAAGAACGUGCUCAGGACGAUGGACCUGUCCCCCUGGAGCUCCCCUGAGGUUGUCAGGGAGGACUCAACCCUUGAGCCCCCACCUAACCUGCCCCUGACACCCUGCUCAGAUGCCCUGAGCCUGCACAGCCUGGACACCUCGCUUUGGGAUGGGACAAGCACCCACCUGCUCCAGGCUGACCAGUCGGGGCGGCUUUGUUACCCGGGCAAGUCAGCUGCAGGAACAGCCCCUAAGUGGGUGGGGUCUCCAUUGGCUGCAGACGGCGCUCCCUCCGCCAACCACCAUGCUCAGCGGGUGCCUGUGGAGAAGGAUGUUGAAGAUUUUAUCAUAACAUCUCUUGAUUCUCAAGAAAAGUCACGAUCACCUCCUCUUGGGUUAGAAGGAAAAAGCGAUGGAAAAAGUGGUGGUGUGGAGUUUGCAGAACCACUGAGCCAAGGUUCGGGAAGACUGGGAGCUCCCACUGCCAGCCCCGCAGCGCCCCCCGUCACCCCCAGGGACUGCCGACGGCCGCUGGACACCAUGAAGGAGAAGGAAGUCCAUCCGAAGCAAGUGAAGGCCUUGCUGCAGAUGGUGUGUGAUGAGAGCCACCACAUCCUGGCCCUGUCCGAAUACCGAGGACCCCCCCACAUCCUGAGCAGGAGCGAGCCCAGCGCCCGCCUCGAGUGCCUUCCAGCUGGGGGCCAGGGCCUGCUGGAGGCAGUGCCUGCUCCCAGGGAGCAUCCCACCCCAGGAUCCCAGAAGGGAGAGAAGGCAUCUUCCAACGUGGGCCUGGACUGGAGGGGAGACUUCCUGCAGACUGUACAGGAGGCCUUUGAGAAGGAGCGGGAGAUGCUGAGAGUGGAGCUGUGGCCCCAGCUCUGUGGCUUGGGCCCUGGGGGCUGCGGCUCCCUGCUCGAGAGGCUGGAGAAGGUGGUUCAUGAGCAAGGGGACCAGCAGGAGAGGUCGUUGGAGCACCUCUGCCUGUCAGACAGGAGCAGCCUGCUGUCGGAGAUCCAGGCUCUGCGCGCCCAGCUGCGGAUGACGCACCUGCAAAACCAGGAGAAACUGCAGCAGCUAUGCACAGCGCUGACCAGCGCGGAGGCCCGCGGGAGCCGUCAGGAGCACCGGCUGCGCAGGCAGGUUGAAUUAUUGGCAUAUAAGGUUGAGCAGGAAAAAUGUAUAGCAAGCGACCUGCAGAAAACCCUGAACGAAGAGCAGGAGAAAGCAAAUAAUGUCCGAAAGCUGCUGGUGGUAGAGCAGAACGCAGUCAGAGACCUGAAAUCCGAGCUCUGCGAGUGUCGACAAGACAAUGAGCGGCUGCUCAAGUCCCUCAACGACGUGCAGAAGGAGGUCCUCCAGUUGAGGUCCGUGCUGGACAGUAAGGAGAGUGACCUGCAGGCAGCACUGCAGCAGCUGGAGGGCGAGCGCGUGAAGGAGCAGGCCCUGCAGAGCCAGCUAGAGGAGGAGCGGCUGCAACACAUGCAGAGAGAGGGCCAGAGUGCCAAGACCCUGGAGGAGUUAAGGGCGUCUUUGGAGCAGCAGUGCGCCCAGAGCAACCAGCUAUGCGUGGUGCUGAAACACGAGCAGACAGCGAAGGACAACCUGCGGCAGGAGCUGCAGAUCGAGGCGUCACGCUGUGAGGCGCUGCUGGCGCAGGAACGAGGCCACAUGUCCGAGCUGCAGCGGAGCCUGGAGGCUGAGCGGGACCGCGCGCGCGAGCUGUCAGAGGCCCUGCAGCACGAGCGCGUCCUGACGGAGCGGCUGAGCCGGCGGCCUCAGGAGAGGCCUGCACACCAGGCGCUGCUGCAGAAGCUGCGGGCCCAGGAGGAGCAUGUGCGCGAGCUGGAGGUGGCGCUGGAGGCUGCGCAGCGGCGUGCCCUGGAGGCCGAGGCGCGUGUGCACCUCGAGGAGGUGGAGCGGGAGCAGGAGGUAAGUGCAGCGCUGAAGACGCCUCCGGAGACCCUGCCUGGAACGCGGGAGAGGCCGGCGCGGGGCCGGGGACAGGUAGAGCAGGACGCAUGCGAGGACGCAAGGACAGGAGCGGAGCUGAGGCCCAGCCGAGCGGAGACACAGCCGUGGAGCAGGUGGCAGAGAGACAAGGAGACGCUGCGGGAGCUGGAGCUGCAGCACCAGCGGGAUGAGCACAAGAUCCAGCAGCUGCAGCGGACCGUGCAGGAGCUGCAGGCGCGGGUGGCGCUGCCAAACGUGGAGCCAGAGCGCCUCCGUGAGCAGCAGCGGGGCCUGGAGAAGGUGCGGCAGCAGCUACUCUGCGCCGCGGGGCUUCUCACCAGCUUCAUCAACCAGACGGUGGACAGGACGAUCAGUGAUUGGACGUCGUCAAAUGAGAAGGCAGUGGCGUCUUUGCUGCACACACUGGAGACACUGAAGUCUGAAUUGGGCACGUCCAGCUCCUGCCGGAAGAAAACAGCGGCGGAGCUGCAGAUCCAGCUGGUGGACGUCCUGCUGAAGGACAACGAGUCCCUGAGCAGAGCACUCAGCACGGUGACACGGGAGAAGGCGGAGCUGUGCAAGGCCUUGUCACGGCUGGAGAGGACACACCGGGCCCCGAGGACCUCGCAGGAGGGCUGCGCUCGCAAGAGGUCAGACAGGUCUGCCUGGAAGCAGGACAAGAUGGUCUCACCAGGCUCAGCACGACACCCGGACCCAGCACUGGACGCCAGUGCCUGCAGUGCCAAGAUGGAAAAGUUGUACCUGCGUUAUUUGAGAGCAGAGAGCUUUAGAAAAGCCCUGAUUUAUCAGAAGAAGUACCUCCUGCUGCUCAUCGGUGGCUUCCAGGACUCUGAACAGGAAACCCUGUCCAUGAUCGCCCACCUGGGGGUGUUCCCUUCCAAAGCAGACAAGAAGGCAGCGGAGUCCCGCCCCUUCACCAGGUUCCGCACGGCCGUCAGGGUGGUGAUCGCCGUCCUCAGGUUACGCUUUUUGGUUAAGAAGUGGCAACAAGUAGAUGGCAGAGGAGCCCUAGCACCAGGCCAAGCACUGCGCCCAGGGGAAGGAUUCCUGGUACCACGGCGGCAGCAGUCUCCACCUGUCACUCGUGAAUCCCCACCCACCCGGGAUGUGUCUUCCAGCCAGGCCAGGGACCCUGUGCCAAAAGCAUCCCCACGCAGGAGGGAAAAGUUGUUCGUGUGUUUGAAGAUCCAGUCCACCCUCAAAUCCCAGAUCAGAAAGAUCCCUGACUGCUUCUCAAGAUCCAGAACAUUCCUUGACGGAGUAUAUUCACCACUUGGAAAUGAUCCAGCAAAGACUGGGAGGCGUGCUACCAGAUUCCACUUCAAAGAAGUCCUGCUGCCAGAAGAUGAAACAGUGAAUAAAGUCCUGUGACAAUUUUAUUUGAAGAAGACAUUUGAUUUUUGAGGGGAGCUUGUGCUGUGGCAUGCUGAGUGCCAGCCCUGUGUCAUGUUAAGUGUUCUCACCCUUACAUUUUGCUGUGAAGCCAAAUGGGGUAUUUUCUUUGUAAUUCAGCACAUUUUAGCUUCUCAUCUUGAUGAGGUAGCCCCUUGGUUCUGUUUUGGUCAUGCCUGCAUGCCUGCCUCCACAGAUAAGCAGACGAUGACUUCCUGUUUAUUUUCUUAAAGUGUACAGCUGGAAACUUGGUUUAAAACAAAAACAUUAAAAAAAAAUAAUAAAAUUAAAGCCCUGAUGUACUUGUGAA